AUCUCAUAAUGUAGUUGGUGAGUGUUGUUGCUGUGUUUGGUCAUCUUCAGUAACUGACUCUUCUCUCAUUUCUACACAUACACAUACUUUGAAAAUUUCUUCUUCUUCUUCACGCCGCCUCGCUCUCUCUUUACCCUUUUCUCUUCACUCUUCUCUCUCUUUUCAUUCCCUCUAAACCAUCAUAAACCCCUCAAUUCUCUCUCAAAGGAUCAGUGUUUAUUUAUUUAUUUAUUUUUUAUUGUGCUUUAAUUUGUUUAGUCAUGGCGGUUUCAUCAUUGUCUCUCUAAUGCCAGCUCUCUUCUCCGGCUGGGUCUUUCUGUGCAUCUACAUCCCCUAGUGGUUUAAAAUCUGUUUGGCAGAAACGAGUCUUAAAUUAUUCACAAAAUGGAGGAUGGAAGAACUGAACUAGGGGUUGAUGAAUUUGAAAAGCUCCUUGGGGAGAUACCUAAGGCUACGUCCAGGAAUACACAUUCUGUGGAAUCUGGACCCAAGAGGGUCUCUUCAAUUUAUGGUUUGUUGCCGAUCAGUGUCAAUUCCUGUAAAGGGCCUUUGACUGAAAAACUCAAAACCAAUGGAGGUUUAGAUAAGGGAAAAAUAGCAGUGGAUAAACCUCAUCAGUCCCCAAUCAAGGGGAUUGGACAAGAGGAAGCAAAUCUUCCUGAUGACCAGUCCUUGACAUCUGCAUUUGCUGAUCUCAGAUUUAAUGGGGGAAUGCUGAAGGAACCAGGGAGUACUUGGGCAAAAUCCUCAUCGGAUCAUACUGUUUUGUUGGAUUCCCAAUAUACAAGCAGCUUAAAGGAACCUGUUUCUAAUGUUGAUCCGCAAAUGAUGUUCCAAUCAACAAAUGAUAAGCCCUGUGGGUUUGAUGCAUUUGGUGUCUCAAAAGUUAGACAAGAAAGCUCAAAUGUUGUAAAUCCUGACGCUCAAGAACUGAAGAAGAAGCAGGUUAGCUAUUGUCAGCCGGUUGAAAAUUUCUCUGCAGCCUUGCCGCUUGCUCAUGGGGUGCAUGGCUUUCAGUUCCUAUCUAAUUUGGCUGUUCCUGGUGUGGAGUUUCCGAUAAUGUCUGAUCAGCAGCAGUACUUUGCCGAAGCACAAUCCUCAUUCCCUUACCUACAUUCACAACAUUUAAACCAGCCUCACAUCAGUUGGAGAAAUAUUGAACAGGAACAAUAUCAUACAAUGCAUCAGCAGUACUUGUAUCUGCAGCAGCAGCUUCGGAAUCAGCGAACUGAAACCCAGCUUCCUAUUCAACUGAAUGGAAAUAUUCCAACUAAGCUAAUUGGUCGUAACCUGAAACAACCAUGUUUUGAGAUACCAAACCGACCUGAAAAAUCUAAUCAGGAGCCAUUUUGGAAUACUUAUGCAGUCCCAAGAGGUAUAAACCAACCAACUCCUGCUUUUUCCUCACCUGAGUACAAUGCUAUGCAUGUUCUGGGAAAAGUGGGAAAGCAGACAUUUCCUGAGAAGAUCCUAACAAGAUCACAGGGAUUGAACAUUCUUAAAGCUGUCAAAUUUGGAGCUCUUGCAGGAAAUGAAUCUCUAUCUCAUGUCAACCAGAAUGGAAAAGUUCUGUCAAAUGGUCAUGUCUGUCUUGGCUUAACUAAUCGAAAUGUUGGAUGCUUUGAGCUUGAUAGUCUAAACUUGUGGUCUUUAUCCCGUGACCCUGCUGAUCUCAGAAGUACUAAUUUGAGGCCUCAACCACAAAAAUAUAAUUCUGUGGAUGAAGUUACUGGUAGAAUAUAUCUCAUGGCGAAGGACCAACAUGGUUGCCGCUUCUUACAAAGAAAAAUAUCAGAGGGCACCUCAGAAGAUAUUGAAAAGAUAUUUGUUGAGAUCAUUGAUCACAUUGUUGAGCUCAUGACAGAUCCCUUUGGAAAUUACCUGGUCCAGAAGCUGCUUGAGGUGUGCAAUGAGGAUCACAGAAUGCAAAUACUUCAUGCCAUCACCAGAAAAGCUGGAGAUCUUGUCAGAAUUUCAUGUGACAUGCAUGGGACUCGGGCCGUUCAGAAGGUUAUUGAAACCCUUAAGACUCCAGAGGAGUUUUCCUUGGUUGUUUCCACAUUGAAACCUGGUAUAGUGACACUUAUAAAAAAUAUGAAUGGAAAUCAUGUUGCACAGCACUGCUUAUUGUAUUUACAACCAGAGCACAGCAAGUUCCUCUUUGAAGCUGCAACUAAUAAUUGUGUUGAGCUUGCAACUGAUCGCCAUGGCUGUUGCGUGCUUCAAAAAUGCCUUAUUCAUUCUGAGGAUGAGCAAAGACAUCGUUUGGUCUGUGAGAUCACUUCAAAUGCUCUAGUCCUUUCACAAGAUGCAUUUGGGAACUAUGUUGUGCAAUUUGUAUUUGAGCUUCGACUUCCAUGGGCAACAAAAGAUAUUUUUGAUCAGUUGGAGGGUAACUAUGGGGAUUUGUCUAUGCAGAAGUACAGUAGUAAUGUGGUUGAGAAAUGCCUUAAGAAUUCAAGUGAGGAACGUCGCGCUCGUAUAAUUCAGGAGCUGAUAGGUAAUCCUAACCUGGAUCAAAUAAUGCUAGAUCCUUAUGGAAAUUAUGUAAUUCAAGCAGCAUUGAAUCAAUCAAAGGGAGCCCUUCAUGCUGCGCUGGUGGAUGCCAUAAGACCUCACGUCCCUGUGCUCCGAACUAGCCCAUAUGGGAAGAAAGUUCUCUCUAGCAAUAGCUUGAAGAAAUAAUCUACAAGUGCUCUCAAAGAAAAAUUUUCUUUUAUGCUGUAUAUUCUCCUCAGCAGUGCAAACCUUAGGGAUAGUGUUCAAGAUGAUCCUGUGACUUCUGUAAUAAGCAGGUGAGAAAAGCUCUGAGUUUCAGCUCUAUUUUCUUGACUUUAAAGCAUAGACCUGAAAAAGUGGGUCAAGGGAGGCUUUAACAGCUCAUCUGGGAUGAAAAAGCUGUUUUAGCUUCUUGUUUUCCAAUUCAAAUUUCAUUUUAGACUUGCAAGAAAUUUUGCAUAAUGUGGAAUCCACGUGUAUGUAGGUCGGCAAAUUUUUUUUCAUAGCAAUAAAUCAGUGAGAAGAAAAUGUAAAGUUCAUUGAGCUUCUGGGAAUUGUAUUAGGAGUUUUUUUCAGUGAAGCUCAAAGCCUGGAAAUUGUUUGGAGAUAGAAAAUCCUUUUAAGCUUCGUUGUCUAUAUAUUCCAGACUAUUUUUGAGUGUACACUUCAUGUCUAUAAAAUGCUACGAUUGCAGCAGUAAUUACGUUAA